AUGUCUUCGGAAGCAUUGCAAGCCAUGGAGAGUGGAAGUGCACUGCCUGAGAAGCGAAAACGUGCCAAGUACAUCGCUAAGGCAUGUAACGAGUGCAAGCGCCGCAAGAUCAAAUGCAGUGAUCAGCAGCCAUGUCAGCGUUGUUGGCGUCAGGGACUGGUUUGCGAAUACGCCGCGGACGACAGUGGCUCGGAUAGCCAGCUGCUCCGCCAAGUACAGUCUCUACAGUCCCAAAUCGAUGGCCUGACAGCAGCAAGGCCACCCUCGAGAUCGACGCGUUUACAACAGGGCUCAUCCGCUGGACUGAUGUCCAUCGUCGAUUGCGACAGGGCAGCGUCGUCAUCCCAGAGUCUCUCCUUUCAUGGGCCAACCACGUCAUCGUUCGAUUUCAAUAUUGCCCGCCGGAGCUUGCGGAAUAGAGGAAUUACUGAACCAAACAAGGCAGGUGAUAUCACACAAGAGCCGACGCCCGUCCCAUCGCCUUCACUCUCACUACAUCGGGACGAAUGUCUACCAUCUAUUGAGCCCUUGUGGGCCAUCAGCAGGGAAGAAGCGCUUCGAUUAUGCAACGUCUAUGAAGAAGAGAUGGGUAUUAUGUAUCCUGUCCUGGAGCUAGGCUCCACCAUCAGCCAGGUCAAUACCCUCUAUAGCCAUCUCGGAUCUCUAUCAGCUUCUAGAGCAUCGCCAUCGAAUGUACAUGCUCUAACAGAUGAUGACAUCAACAUACUCAAACUUGUGCUUGCAUGUGCCUUAACAGCGGAGGAGAAUGGUCACAGCGAGCUAGGCAUGAGGCUCUUCAGAAGCGUGAGAGAUGCUGUGACUGACGUCGUGUGGAGGCAACCGGAUAUCGAGAGGGCGAUCCUCCUAACACUUGUGAUAGAUGAGGAAACUCUUGCGUGGAGAACGGUGGGAACGGUCCAGCGCAUGUGCUUAGAAAUGGGUCUGCAUCGAGCUGAGACAUUCUCUCAACCUGCCAUCAUCGACAUCGGACAUGAGAAGGUUAUCAAGUUGUUUUGGUCCGUCUAUACGCUCGACGUAAGAUGGAGCUUGGGCACAGGAAUGCCGAGUCAUCUUGAGUUUAGCGACAUUGACCCAUCACUUCCCAGGCCGACAGGUGUGCCCUAUCUCAACUCCAUGAUUGGCUACUGCAGAAUUUCAGAGAAGGUUUGGAAAUUCGUUACCAACUCCACUAGCGAACACAAGGCCCGAACGGAGGAGAUGUCCUAUCUUGACUGGCAGGUCAUGCAGUGGUACAAAUCGGUACCCGACCAGCUAAAGCUACCACACCCAGAGGCAAUUGCUAAGUCACCCUUGAACUACCCGAACCGGGGUACCUGGCGCCUCAAAGCUCUGCUAUAUCUCCGUGCCAACCUUAUGAGGAUACUGAUUCACCGACCUAUCCUUCUUAGCCCAGUGCACAUUUCACAGAACCCUACUGAAGCUUCGAUGGUGGUAGAUAUUGCCAAAGAAAACAUCCGACUUAUCACUCAUUUGAAUCAAUGGUCCGAUAUCUACAAAUUGCAGCAAGUGGCCUUCAACUGGUUUCUAAUCUCGGCCCUAGCCGUGCUCUUCCUUGCCGUUGCCCAUGCCCCUGCUCAGUUUAGCAGUAGUUGCAAGGAUGAGUUUUAUAUGGUAUUGGAGCUUAUUGAGGGGUUCUCGAUGAAAUCCUACGUCUCACAGCGGUUAUGGAAGUCAAUAAAAGGCCUAAGGAAGCUCGCUCCGCAGAUGGGGCUCUGGAACCAGCCUGCUUCACAAGAGCCUUUUCCCAGUGGUCAAGACGGUGAAGAACGUGUUAUCGCGCAGGGCGCGAGUUCUGCCCCCGUCAUGCUUGAUGAAUUUCAAGUAAAUGGAAUGCAGAUGAGCCGAGAGCUUAUGGACUGGUAUGAAGCAAUGGGAGAGCCAGUCAUUUCAGCCGCAGGGCAGAACUCGUUCCAUGUUCAACAGUGGCAGUCGGCCGACAAUUUUAUGUUUGGGAAUGGUACCGAACUUGCUUCAGUAUUUAAAGACUGUUUUUAG